AUGGCUCUGGAUCGCUACAUGGCCAUCUGCCAUCCCCUGAGACAUUCCAUGACCCUGACAAAUUAUAUUGCGGCCAAGAUGGGCCUGGCCGUGGUGCUGUGCAGAGGCAUACUUGCAUUACCCUUUCCCUUCCUGGCGAGGCGGUGGCCAUAUUGCAGAACUAAGAUCAUCCCCCACUCCUACUGUGGGCAUAUGGCUGUGGUGAACUUGGCCUGUGCUGACAUCAGCAUGAGUAGUUACUAUGGCCUGUUUGAUCUUCUCUUUGUGAUCGGAAUGGAUGUGUUUUUUAUUGCUGUGUCCUAUACUCAGAUCCUCCGGGCCAUCUUCCGCCUCCCCACAAAGGAUGCCCGGCUCAAUACUUUUCGUACCUGCAUCUCUCAUCUUUGUGCCAUCUCAGCUUUGUACAUCCCAGAUUUAGCCUCCUCUCUCAUUCAACGGUUUGGCCAGAAUGUGCCAUUUCAUUUCCUCAUUCUUAUUACCAGUGUGUACCAGCUGGUGCCCCCCAUGCUGCACCCCAUCAUUUACGGGGUGAGGACCAAACAGAUCCGGGGCAGGCUGAUCCAGCUCUUUGCUUAUAAAGAGACCUAA